UGCAUAUAUAGUAUCACUUCCCUUCACUCGGUUCUUGUAGUGUCGUCAUAUUCUUGUGAAGUGCAAAGGAAAAAUAUCAGAGAAAAGUGUUACUGUCUAAGGAAGAUGGAGAGCAUUCUUAAGCCCUUAAGAGAUGGAGAAUCAGUGCUGGACCUCAGUCCAAGAUCCACCGUCGGCGGUGGUGUUGAGGAUGUGUAUGGCGAGGAUCGUGCCACCGAGGACCAGCUUGUCACCCCUUGGACUUUCUCUGUUGCCAGUGGACACUCUUUGCUAAGGGAUCCACAGUAUAACAAAGGACUUGCUUUCACUGAGAAAGAGAGGGAUGCACACUUUUUGCGUGGCCUUCUGCCUCCCACAGUUAGCACACAGGAACUUCAGGAGAAGAAAACAAUGAAUGGCAUCAGACAAUAUGAGGUUCCCUUGCAGAAGUAUGUGGCCAUGAUGGACCUUCAGGAGACGAAUGAAAGGCUGUUUUACAAACUUCUCAUCGACAAUGUUGAGGAGUUGCUUCCAAUUGUAUAUACUCCUGUAGUUGGUGAAGCUUGCCAGAAAUAUGGGAGCAUAUUCAGGCGUCCUCAGGGUCUUUACAUUAGUCUGAAAGAGAAGGGGAGAAUCCUUGAGGUUUUGAAAAAUUGGCCUGAGAGGAGUAUUCAGGUGAUUGUCGUAACUGAUGGUGAGCGGAUUCUGGGACUUGGGGAUCUUGGAUGCCAGGGGAUGGGAAUUCCUGUUGGUAAAUUGGCUUUGUACAGUGCACUAGGUGGAGUUCGUCCUUCAGCAUGUUUACCAGUAACCAUUGAUGUGGGGACAAACAAUGAGCAAUUACUGAAUGAUGAGUUUUACAUUGGACUUAGACAAAAGAGGGCAACAGGGAAGGAAUAUUAUGAUCUUCUUCAUGAGUUCAUGACUGCAGUGAAGCAAAACUAUGGGGAAAAAGUUCUAGUGCAGUUUGAAGAUUUUGCAAAUCACAAUGCUUUUGAGUUGCUUGCUAAAUAUGGCACAACUCAUCUUGUUUUCAAUGACGAUAUACAGGGAACUGCAUCUGUUGUUCUAGCUGGAGUUGUAGCAGCUCUAAAGCUCAUUGGCGGUACCCUGGGUGACCACACAUUCCUCUUCCUUGGUGCCGGAGAAGCAGGAACUGGUAUAGCAGAGCUAAUAGCUCUUGAGAUGUCAAAGCAGACUAAGCAACCUAUUGAAGAGAGUCGCAAGAAGAUAUGGCUUGUAGACUCAAAGGGUUUGAUUGUUAGUUCGCGGGCGAAUUCUCUUCAACACUUUAAGAAGCCUUGGGCUCAUGAACAUGAGCCUGUUAGCACUCUCAUAGAUGCUGUUAAGGUAAUCAAGCCUACAGUUUUGAUUGGAUCAUCAGGAGUGGGACAGACAUUUACAAAGGAAGUAAUAGAGGCUAUGACUUCAAACAAUGAAAAACCUCUCAUUUUGGCUCUUUCCAAUCCAACCUCACAGUCUGAGUGUACAGCUCAACAGGCCUACGAAUGGAGUGAGGGCCGCGCAAUCUUUGCUAGUGGAAGCCCAUUUGAUCCAGUUGAAAUUAAGGGCAAAGUUUAUUAUUCUGGCCAGUCCAACAAUGCUUACAUAUUCCCAGGCUUUGGUUUGGGUUUGGUAAUGUCAGGAGCAAUCCGAGUCCAUGAUGAUAUGCUUCUAGCAGCAUCGGAAGCAUUGGCUAAACAAGUUUCAGAGGAGAACUACAAGAAGGGUUUGAUUUACCCACCUUUCACUGAUAUCAGAAAAAUUUCGGCUGAUAUAGCUGCAAGUGUUGCUGCCAAGGCAUAUGAACUAGGUUUGGCUACACAUAUUCCUCGUCCUCAGGAUCUUGUCAAGUAUGCUGAGAGUUGUAUGUAUAGCCCUGUAUACCGCAACUACAGGUGAAUGGAGGAAACUUCCUGUUGUUGAACCUGAGGCUUUUGGGUCUAAGAAGGAUGUGUUUGAUAUGUAUGGUGUGUGCUUUUAUGAUUAUGCAAGAAUAUGAACAGUUUUAUGCUUUACUUAAACCAGUUUGUUUCUAUUUUAAAAUCCUUAUUUCAUCUUCA